CCUGCAUGCAACCAAAGCCCGCUGCAACGUGAUUGGUCAAUACUCCCCGGACUACAGGCGGAAACCGGAACCUUCCUCUCCUGCAGACCCUGCAUCCAUGUGCAGAUGGUAGAAAACAGGAGGAGAAGAAAGAAGAUGAGAUGAGUUUGAAGUGUUUGCUGGCUAACCGAGAAGCCAACAUUUUGACAAAUGGAGGAUCGUACGUGUUAUUUAGCAGAAGAAAAAGCGACGGAGCGAAAAGAGGAAGAAGUGAAACUAAAUGUGGACAGACGACGGCAGAAAACAAUGAUCAACAUCGGUGCGGCCUUCCCCAAAUGGAAAUCUCUGAUGAGGGACAAAUGUUUUCAGAGUGACGCCGAAGUUGCCUGUUUUCUGCUGCACAGCUAUGAGAGAGGAUCUGCAGCAUCGACUCCCAUGAAGGAAACACCUGUUCAACUCACAGCUGCAGCAGUGUCUAGCAUCGGUGCUUCUGGAAGGAUGAACAGCUUAUAUGACAUCAGCAUGAAUGAGAAGCUCUGUGUUUUCAAUAACCCCUUGAACAGUGUAAUUGAUUGGACAGAUGAAGGCCCCCCUUCCUUUCAUGAAAAAGAUGAUGGAGAUAAAGAUGACAGCUCUGAUGAAGAGGAUCUUCCACCCAUUUGUAUACGAAUGGGUGGAGCAUUAAAGAAAGCACCAUCGAUCGAUCGACUUCCAGUUAUUGGAACGGGCGAGGCAGCGCAUGACCAGCCUGCACGUGAAGACCCUCCUGAUGAGGCUUCUCCCUGUGAUCAGGACCCUGUUUUCCCAUCCCCACAGCAGGUCCUUUGUGAAGAUGACAUCGUUGGUGCCAGAGCUUCAAUAGUAUACGAGGACUGCUUGAGACAGCUGGCUACAUUUCUGAUCCUGCCUGUGAAAAAAUGUACAGGCCUUUUAAAGACUGGUGUGGUGUGUGACUGUGUUGCCCCCUUUGAGAUCAACAUCACUUCCAAGGGCACAGCAACGAGUGUCGAAUGGAUCUGUCCCAAUGGACACAGCUUGUGGAGGUGGAAUUCCCAGCCUGUAAUGAAGUGUGGGACGCAAGCUGGAGAUUUUCUCUUGUCCACCAACAUUUUGUUGUCUGGCAACGACUAUGCGAAGGUCGCCCUCUUGUUCAAGUUCAUGAACAUGGGGAUGGUGAAGAAGAACACCUUCGUGUCCAUUCAGGACGCUUACUGUGUGGACACAGUGAAGAGCUUCUGGGAAGAGAGGAGGACUGAGGCCCUCAGUGGCCUUCAGGGGAAAGAUGUUGUGGUCCUAGUGGACGGCACAUAUGACUCACCAGGCCAUUGUGCACAUUACUGCAGCUACGCCGCCAUGGAGAAUGACACCAAGGAGAUCAUUCAUGUUGCCACCAUCAACAAGCAGCAGACAUCCUGCAACUCUGUCGUCAUGGAGAAGGAGGGUUUUAUCGAGACUAUGGACAAGCUUACAUCAGAGAUAAAACUAGUGGAGAUCUGCACAGGUGCUAAUGCCCAGAUCACAGCCCAUAUGAACCCAUAUGAAGGCAGAUACAAGGAUCUUGGAAUUCAUCACAGUCUGGACAUGUGGCAUGGUGCCAAGAACCUGGUCAAAAGAAUAGCAGCUGCAGCAAAGAUGGAAGGACAGGUCGUCCUCCUCAUCUGGCUGAAAGACAUCGUAAACCAUUUCUGGUGGUGUUGUAAGAAAGCUGACACAACCAAGAAGUUUUUAGCACUAUGGAUUGGCAUCAUUCACCAUGUCUGUGACGUUCACACCUGGACUAAUGGAAGGUGUCAACAUGGAAGGCACCUGAAAGAAACACGUGGAAAGGCGUGGGUCAUGAAAGACUCCAGGUGCCACAAAGCUUUAGUUGACAUCGUGUUCAAUAAACGUUGGCUGAAGGAUGUGCAUAAAUACCUGCGCUUCAGAUCAACUGCAGGCCUAGAGGCUUUCCACAACCAUAUAUUGAUGUAUGUCAGCAAGCGCUUCACCUUCAGUCCCCCAGUUCAUGAGGCAAGAGUUCUGCUUGCUGCUCUGGACUAUAACUUCCACCGGAACCGACCAACAUUAAAAACAGCAGAAGGCAAAGAGAUUUUCAGAAGGCUGCACAAGACAAACCGCAGUAGACAAAGGUUAUACGCCCUGAAAUCUGAAAAAACCUAUGCAUACAUCUCUGAGCUGCAAGCAAGGAUUGUAAAGAGGAGAAUCACAAGUGGAGUGGGGAUGCCUCGAAAGAAGUCAGUGUUGCCUGCAGAUGUCCAGCAGCUGUUGGUGAUUAAAGAAGAGGUUCCCUCUGAGUGGAGCCCCAGUCUGGACCAGGAGGAUCCAGAGCCCCUACACAUAAAAGAAGAACAGGAGGAACUCUGGAUCAGUCAGCAGGGAGAGCAGCUUAAUGGGAUGGAGGAGGCUGAUAUCACCAGGUUCCCAUUCACUGCUGUUACUGUGAAGAGUGAAGAUGAGGAAGAGAAACCUCAGUCUCCACAGCUUCAUCAAAGCCAAACUGAGGACAACAGAGAGGCAGAGCCUUCAGCCAGCAGCUCAGCUACGCAGAUAAAAACAGAAACUGAUGGAGGAUCAGAACCUGCUGGGAACCUUGAUCCAGAUAGUCAUUUACAACCAGAUACUGAUGAAAAAGCUUCAGACACUGAAGUCAGUGAUAAUGACUGGCAAGAACCUUUGUCAGAUUCUGAAGCUGAAACUGAAGACAGUGACAAUGGUUGGAAGGAGACCAGAGCACCUGAGUCAGGUGUAAAUGCUCUGAAAUAUAAGGAAGCUCCUGUAAGUGAUGCAGGAUGUAAUGCUGGGAAAAGAUACUUUAGCUGCUUUGAAUGUGGUAAACAAUAUCACCACAAGGGGUCUCUUCGGAGACACAUGACAUCUCAUUCUGGAAAAAAGUCCUCCAGCCGUCUGGAUAAUAAAAAAUGUUUCAGAGUGAAGCGAAAUGUAGAAUUAGAGAUGAGAGUCCAGACAGAAGAGAAACCAUUAUGCUGUGAUGUUUGUGGGAAGAGAUUUAAUAGGAUGUCAACUCUUAAACUGCACAUGAGAGUCCACACAGGAGAGAAAGAAUUUGGCUGUGAUGUUUGUGGGAAGAGAUUUACAGAUCAGGGAACUCUGAAGAGACACAUGAGAGUGCACACAGGAGAGAAACCAUUUGGCUGUGAUGUUUGUGGUAAAAGAUUUAACCAGCAUCCACAUCUUAAAAUGCACAUGAGAGUCCACACAGGAGAGAAACCGUUUGGCUGUGAUGUUUGUGGUAAAAGAUUUAACCAGCAUCCACAUCUUAAAAUGCACAUGAGAGUGCACACAAGAGAGAGACCGUUUGGCUGUGAUGAUUGUGGGAAGAGAUUUACAGAACAGAGUAGUCUACAGAAACACAUGAGAGUCCACACAGGAGAGAAACCAUUUGCCUGUGAUGUUUGUGGUAAAAGAUUUACAGAACAGGGAGCUCUCAAGAGACACAUGAUAAUACAUACUGGAGAGAAACCAUUUUGCUGUGAUGUUUGUGGUAAAAGAUUUAACCAGCAGCCACAUCUUAAAAUGCACAUGAGAGUGCACACAGGAGAGAAACCAUUUGGCUGUGAUGUUUGUGGUAAAAGAUUUAACCAGCAGCCACAUCUUAAAAUGCACAUGAUAGGUCACACAGGAGAGAAACCAUUUGGCUGUGGUGUUUGUGGUAAAAGAUUUACAGAACAGGGAACUCUCAAGAGACACAUGAUAAUACAUACUGGAGAGAAACCAUUUUGCUGUGAUGUUUGUGGUAAAAGAUUUAACCAGCAGCCACAUCUUAAAAUGCACAUGAUAGGUCACACAGGAGAGAAACCAUUUGGCUGUGAUGUUUGUGGGAAGAGAUUUACACAAAAGAGAAAUCUAAAGAAACACAUGAGUGUCCACCCAGGAGAGAAACCAUUUGGCUGUGAUGUUUGUGGAAAGAGAUUUAAUCAGCAUGCACAUCUUAAGCUGCACGUGAGAGUCCACACAGGAGAGAAACCAUUUGGCUGUCAGGUUUGUGGGAUGAAAUUUGCAGAUCAGGGAAAUCUCAAGACAGACAUGAGAGUCCACACAGGAGAGAAACCAUUUGGCUGUGAUGUUUGUGGGAUGAAAUUUGCAGAUCAGGGAAAUCUCAAGACAGACAUGAGAGUCCACACAGGAGAGAAACCAUUUGGCUGUGAUGUUUGUGGUAAAAGAUUUAACCAGAAGUCUCAUCUUUGCAGACACAUGAGCAGUGUUUCCCACACAGACUUUACUUAGGUGGGUCACCCAGGUGUAAUUGGUGACCUAUUUUAGUGUUUUGCAGAGAAAGACCGAUAUAGUUGUUGUCUAUUAUGUUAAACGGACGGUGGAUCUAUUACAAUCACGGAUCACUUAAAGCCACAGUAAACACAAUAUUUUCCAAACAUCUGAUGACUCUGCACGUCAGGGUAAAUAUUUGUAUAUGAAAUGCACAUUUUAUGUCUAAUUGUCUAGUCAAUAUACUGUAUAUUCAAACUAAGUGAUCCAGUCACCUGAAAUACUGGAUUGCACUGAAAUGUAAUAGGUGGAACAGGAGACCUUUUAUAGUGGACUUGACGUCUGAUUUUGACCUUUUUAAGAUGUAUAUAAAUAGAAACUGUUGUUAUUAA